AUGAUGAUGAAUAGCCAACCCUUUGAAGCUCCACUUACACCACCUGCUGAGUACCCUUCUUCUCGUACCCAUAACACUGCUACUACUACUACUACCACUGCCACUACUCCUCCUACUGGUGCUGGUGGACGUAAACUAUCAGUGACAUUUGAUCUUCCUGAGACUCCAGGUGGCACCAAACAUUCUCCACUGAAUGAAGAUGAUCUACUUUCACCCUCCAUUUCACGAUCCAAUAGCAUCGACAUUAAUGCACAAGCUGUCCCUGAUACUAUCUUGGUAGCUUUACUUGACCGAGACGAGGAGAUGCGACACCUGGUUCAACACAAUACAGCCUUUUUCAGUAGCCUUCGGUCACACUUGUACCACAAUUGGUCUCGUUUUGAAAACACAUUGUAUUGCCCUCGCUCCAAAAUGAGUGAUCAAGAUUGGAUGGGUCGUAUCAGCAAGGCGCUUCAUGCUGUCCCACCCCUUUUACAACAAUUCAAAGACCUGGUGGGCUAUAUGGGUGAGGAUGACACUACUACCACCACCACCCUACAACAAGAAGAACCUUCCUUUAUCCAUGUGGAUUUGGCUCGCAUUCGUGAUUAUCCUCAGCGUGUGGCUCGACUACGCCAAGCUUAUCCUCAAUUUAUCAUCAACUGUCAAAAAGGAUUAUCCAAUCCAGAUGCGUUCUUUGACACAUUGUUUGCACCACGCUCAUCCACGAUGCCAGACGAUAUUUGGGAAAUGCGCAUUUAUGAUCAGCUGGAUCAUUCUGGUCAUGAUUUGCUUGCACAGCUCAAAGAGAUCGUUGAAUAUGAAAUUGAAUGUGGCAUGGAAGAUGAUCAUCAUUGA